UAGGUUGAAAACGUAAGGCAACACAGUUUAUUUGAAGAAGGUCCAGGGGUUUACAGUUGUGCGUGAGAGUGAUUGACCAUCUCUCGUGAGAGUUACCGACAAGACUGACUGUCUCGACAAAUUUUGGGUUGCAGGUUGACUUGCUCGGGGUGGAGUCAAUUUUGUGCGGCCAAUUUUUGGAGCCUGAUUGGCUUCACCCCCAACCUGCCCCCACUUCCGAAGACGUUGCUCUAGGGCCUUGAAAAAAGGGCAAGUCGACGGAAGGCAGUUGGAGACCACCUUGGGUCUCCGGCUAAAGUACAGCAAUAAAACUAUUUAACCGGUAAAGCAAACGGUAAAAAAAUGUCGUUACAGCGGGUCGUCGUUGUAAAUCCGAAAUAUUUGAACCUUGUCCCGUAGGGUUCGGUUUAUUUUAUUGGUCUGUCAGGCACCUUUUCUCGGGGUCGUAGUUUAGACCCCGUAGGCCCUCAAGUGACCUGACAGAUUAUUCGGUGUUGAUCCGUCCAGGACGGAACAGCAAAUAUGUGGUAUUUUAGUUCUUCCUCUUACAUUUUCUUGUAAAAUUUCUCCAGAAAUUUCUUCAAGGCCAGCAAUAUAUGUAUACUUCCUUUCUCCGAUAAAUAGAUAUGCAUUUUUAAUAGACAUAUAUCAUACGUAUUUUUUAAAUUCCAGAGCCAACCGUUAGUCGCUUUGAACAUGGAUGGACUUCUGUUUUCCUGAUAUGGCUUUAUUGGCUAUUCCUGCGUUAAAAGGUUCAGGAGUUGGCAACUUUGGCUAAUGCAAUGAUGGCUUCUAAUAUUAAAAAUAUCGAAAAUAAUGGAAGUAUUGACAGAAAAGUUACGAAAUUAAAAAUCAGGGAUAGCAAAUGCAGUAAUUAUAUGCAUAUGACAUCUGAUGAACUUGUUGAAAAUGAACAUAUUUCGUUUUGCAAUGAAAGCAACAAAGAUAUUUAUUGUAAUAAAAACAAAUCUUUGGAAACUAAUACAAUCACUGAAUUUUCUGAACAAGAAGUGGAGCAUACACUGUAUAAGGAUUCACAAAAUAUUAAUACCAGUACAAAACACAUUGACACAUUGUUUACUGUAUCAAAUUCUGCUUUACGAAUGAAGAACCAAAAUCGCUCUCCGAUAAUAAAUUGUACAAUAUCACAAGUACCAACUGAGUACUCUAAAAAUAUAAUAAAUAAUGAAUUAUUAUGUUCACAUACUACACUAAAACCUACAUUGUAUGAACAAUGCAGUGAUCUCUCAAACAUUGAGGAAUGCGAAGAUACUUCUUCAUCUGUGUCACAAACUUGCCUUCAAGGAAUUGGAAACGAUUUUACGCAAUAUGCCUUUGAUAAUAACAAUGUUACUAGUAACAUAGAAAAAUGCAUAAAAGUAUAUAGUCACAAGAGACAUAAAUCUAUGGAUGAAAUAAAAAGGAAUAAUGUACUUACAAAUGUGAAUAAUGUAAUGCAUAAUCCAUCCACUGAUUGUAUAGAUUUAUUAGAUGAGCCGUCCACUAAUGAUAUACCAGUUACUCUUCUAACUUCAUUAGACAUGGAAAGUGCUGAAUACAUUAUAAGUUUAAGUACUGAAAAUAUUCAGUCUAUAGUGGGAGCUAAAUUUAAUGAGCAGAAUAAAUUAAAUAUCUAUCAAAACGACUGUCAACAUAUUGUUCAAUACAGUAAUCGAGAAGAUAAUAUAAAUAAAAAAGAAUUAAAUACAGGUCAUCCUGAAAAUUCAAAUUAUAUGAAACCUAUUUUACGAAGAAGUUUACGAAUAAACCAACAUGACCCAGAUGGCACAACAAACAGUAAUGAAAUUUCCAAAGAACAUAAUAGAAGAGAAAAAUAUUUUAGAAAAUCUAAUUCUUUAAAUAAGUUAGAAAUGUCUACCAAAAGAAAACGUAAAGUAAAAAGUGUAGAUUACAGAAUUUCAGAGCAAGGUAUUAACAACAUUCUCCAUUUAAAUAAAAAAACAUUUAAGAGCUCGCAUAAAAACAGAACAAAAUUAAUUAAAAAGAGAAAUGAUAAGUCACAGCGUGUAACAGUUAGUAGAAGAAGAAAAGAGCAAUCAAUUAAGAUAACAAAUAGAAUGAAAUGUGAUAUAUCACAAAUGACAGAAUUAAAAUCUAUUUUAACACCAUCCAGGUUAAAUACAAUGGAACAUGUUAAUCGGGCAUUAUGGGGAGAUAUGUCAGAUUAUUCAGAAGAUUAUGAAAAUAAAGUAGAUUUAGAUGAGUCUGCACUUAAUACAAAAAUUCCAUUUGCUGUAGGUUUGUUGCCCCUACGUACUGCUCUUGAAAAGAUGCAAGCAACACCGGAUUAUCAACCCCGUAAAACUCGUUCAUCGGUUGUCUCAAUAAAACAAGAAACUAAUUUCUUUAAACAGAAGAGUUAUACAUAUUCAAAUAAAAUUACUGCCUCGACGAGGCAACAUUUUUCUACUAGUCAUCCAAAGGAAGAUGCUAAAACAGUUUGUCGUAUCCAAAUUAGAGCAGCUCCAUCAGAAUAUAUGCAAAAACGAAAAAAACAUUUCACAACAAAUAUGGCUACAUUAAAACCAUCCGCUAUUAUAAAUAAACAAUGACAGACACCAUUAUACAAUUUUCUGAUCCAAGAUUUUUAUGUGAAAUGUAUAUAAAUGUUUUAUUAUUGAAAUGUUAGAAAGCAUACGUUAUUUUGAUUAAAAUUUUAUCUAAUUUAUUAAAAUAUGAACUGUUAUUUUCACAUAA